GCCACGGCUGGGCUCGCCGGAAGUGACGCGUUUCAGGGACGUCGCGCAUCCGGCCAGAAGAGCCGACGCCACGCCGGACGCCCGGUCUUCUCUGGCUCGCUGACUUUGUUGUAAGGGAGGGUUCGUGCGUGGUAAGAAGCCCCGGACGGCUGAGAGACCCAUAUUUGUCUUAAAGAUUGAUAAGGUACCUCUGAUGCAGCUAUGACCAGGUGGGCGCGAGUUACUACCACAAAUAACAGGAGACCCUUAUCUGCAACAUCAUGGGAGGACAUGAAGAAGGGUUCCUCUGAGGGAAACAGCCAAAGCUCACCAAAGAGUAAACACUUUGAAGCCAAUAAGCUGUCCCUGAAAAAUGAUGCACCCCAAGCUAAACACAGAAAGAACAAAAAGAAAAAGGAAUACUUAAAUGAAGAUGUGAAUGGAUUUAUGGAAUACCUAAGAGAGAACUCACAGCAGGCUCACAAUCGGGAGGUGAUAGCAGCAGAUAGUCAGGAAGUAAGGGAAGAAAUAGCAGUUGCUUUAAAGAAAGAUAGUCGUCGGGAAGGAAGACGAUUAAAAAGACAAGCAGCAAAGAAAAAUGCAAUGCUGUGUUUCCAUUGUAGAAAACCCGGGCAUGGGGUUGCAGAUUGCCCAGCUGCCCUUGAGAAUCAAGAGAUGGGCACUGGAAUCUGUUACCGUUGUGGAUCCACAGAGCACGAAAUAACCAAGUGCAAGGCUAAAGUCGACCCCGCUCUUGGUGAAUUUCCUUUUGCAAAAUGUUUUGUUUGUGGGGAAAUGGGGCACCUGUCCAGAUCUUGUCCUGAGAAUUCCAAAGGACUUUAUGCUGAUGGUGGUGGUUGCAGAUUUUGUGGCUCUGUGGAACAUUUUCAGAAAGAUUGCCCUGAAAGUCAGAAUUCAGAUCGAAUGGUCACAGUUGGUCGCUGGGCACAAGGAAUGAGUGCAGACCAUGAAGAAAUUUUGGAUUUGCCUAAACCACAGAAACCCAAAACAAAAACACCUAAAGUUGUUAACUUUUGAACAUUAGUACUAUUGCUAACUACCAUGUCAUUGUUAUAUUCUGAGCAAGUUGGAGCUGGCCUCCCUGGGCCUAUAUUGUCAGUAGCGGUUUGAUCUGGGUGUGGUCCAAAAGUUUGAGUUCCUUGUCCAUCAGAAGUACUUCCCACUGUUUAGAGAAAACCACUGAAGGAAAAUAGAAGAUCUUUAAAUUGGAUUCUCUGAAAGAACUUUUUUUCAACAGAUAGAACUUAGGUAUAACUAAGUGUUUAUAAACCUGAUUGUAACAAUCAUCUUAACAAAAUUAUGCAUUAAUAUAAACUACCCUUAAACUAAGAGUAACUGCUUUUGCAGUUGGAAAUGAAUUUUUGGUUAUAUUGUUUUCUUGGUGCAAAGU